CUCUGGCGGCCCCUCCUAUUGGCUGCCACUCACUCUGCAGGUUCGGUUGCGCCUGGCCUCCCCCCUUUUUUCCCCUUUUCUCUCGCUGGCUUUGCGGGGUCGGAGCCGCCGCCGGAGCUCCCGUCACCUCCGGUCCCCUCCCUCCCCCCCGCACGCAAGAUGGCGGUCGCGGUGAGCGGGGUUGCGGUGCCGGUCGUGGCCCGGCUGGAGGGCCGCGAAUUCGAGUAUUUGAUGAAGAAGCGCUCGGUGACCAUAGGCCGCAACUCGUCGCAGGGCUGUGUGGAUGUGAGCAUGGGCCACUCCAGCUUCAUCUCCCGCCGCCACCUGGAGAUCUUCACUGGCGGCAGCGCCGAGGGGGACGAGGCAGACACCGCCGACUUCUACCUGCGCUGCCUGGGCAAGAACGGGGUGUUCGUGGAUGGGGUGUUCCAGAGGAGAGGGGCCCCCCCGCUGCAGCUGCCCCGAGUGUGCACCUUCCGCUUUCCCAGCACAAACAUCAAAAUCACAUUUACUGCUCUGGCCAGUGACAAGAAGCAGAAGCUGGAGGCCCCAGAAUCCCCUGUGAAACCUGUGCAGCCGCAGAUCUCUCCCCUGACCAUAAACAUUCCAGACAACAUGGCGCACCUGAUCAGCCCAUUGCCCUCUCCCACAGGAACCAUAAGUGCUGCAAACUCAUGCCCCUCCAGCCCACGCGGAGCAGGCUCAUCUGGGUUCAAACUGGGCCGUGUUAUCCCCCCUGACCUUAUAGCAGAGGCUGCCCAGUCGGAAAAUGACAAAGAUGCUUCAGGGGGAGACAGCCCCAAGGACGAUUCGAAACCUCCUUACUCCUAUGCACAGUUAAUAGUCCAAGCAAUUACCAUGGCUCCUGACAAGCAGCUCACAUUAAACGGGAUCUACACUCACAUCACAAAAAACUACCCCUACUACAGAACAGCAGAUAAAGGCUGGCAGAAUUCCAUCCGACACAAUCUUUCUCUAAACCGAUACUUUAUCAAAGUCCCACGAUCCCAAGAGGAGCCCGGCAAGGGUUCGUUCUGGAGGAUAGACCCAGCCUCAGAAAGCAAGCUCGUAGAGCAGGCAUUUAGGAAAAGAAGGCCUCGAGGCGUGCCCUGUUUCAGGACUCCCCUUGGGCCGCUCUCCUCCAGGAGCGCACCAGCAUCUCCAAAUCAUGCUGGAGUUCUGUCCGCUCACUCCAGUGGUUUACAGACGCCAGAAAGUUUGUCCAGGGAAGGAUCCCCUAUCCCUAUGGAGCCGGAGCCUAGCGCCAUCCAGCCAAAGCUAGCAGUGAUCCAGGAGGCACGCUUUGCACAGAGCGCUCCAGGGUCCCCUCUUUCCAGUCAACAGGUCCUCAUUGCUGUGCAAAGGCAGCUCCCCCAAACCAUUAAACCCGUCACCUACACAGUGGCCACCCCAGUGACCACUGCCACGUCGCAGCAGGCACUCAUGCAGACUGUACACGUCGUGCAUCAGAUUCCGGCCGUCUCUGUCACAAAUGUCACAGGCCUGACCCCUAUCAACACCUACACUGUCGGAGGGCAAGCGAUGGUCGCUCAGGCUGCUGUAAUGGCCCAACCAAAGUUAGAGCCUCAAGAGAACGGAGACCACAAAGAGGUCAAAGUGAAAGUAGAAGCUAUCCCUGCUAUCGGUCACCCCGCACUUACCACGGCCAGCCGUAUCAUACAGACCUCAUCGUCGGCACCCCUCCAGACGGUUACUAUAGUCCAGCAGACACCUUUAGGUCAACACCAGCUUCCAAUCAAAGCAGUAACACAGAACGGGACACACGUUGUACCCAUCACCACUGCCAUCCAAGGGCAGGUCACCACAGCAGCCGCCAGUCCCCUCCAUAUGCUGGCCACUCACGCGUCUGCGUCUGCCUCUCUCCCCACCAAGAGACAAAAUGGAGACCAGAGCGAGCAGCCGGAUAUAAAGAGGGGGAAGACGGACGAGCGGGAGGUAUUGGCGAUGACCGGCGGCCUCGACACCCAAGCGGAGGCGGCGACGGCAGCGCCGAAUGAACAAGAAAACCAAAAAUAGGAUCCGAGGCGACAUUUCUUUUUCUUUUCUCUUCUUCGUUGGUUUCUUUUUUUCCUGUUUCUCGAAAGUUACACACGUUUAAAAGAAAACAGCAGCAUAAAGGUGCCAAACGCAGACACUUUGUCUCCUGGAUCGGGCCCUGUGGAAAGAGACUUUUACUAGAUCAGCACUGAAUUACACAGGUGGCCUUAGAAACUUCUUCACUUAACAAGUCCUAAGAAAAGAAUAUCGACGACACAAAUUUGAUUUUUUUUUUUGUUUUGUUGUUGUUUCCCUUUCCCCUCCGUCCUCGCCCCCCCCCCCCCCAGCUCCUCCAUUUUUCCGGUUCAUCUUAAGCUGCCCGGCCCUUCCUCGUUGGCACAGCGCACACUGGGACAGACUGGCAGACGGAAGGUCACAGCUUUUCAACUUUAUUAUUCUUUGACGAGUACUGAGCACAUGAUUGCGGCGGUGGUGGCCAUCAUGGUCAGCGCUUGGUUCCGAAAGAACAGAUUGUAUUUCCCUUCAUUGGGAGAAGCUAAAGCGACAUCUUACGGCAGCUAAGCGUCCGCGGCCCCCUUCAGAACCAGGCGUUGCUACGAGAGGGGGGACCUACCUACCUAUCGCAUUGGGUUGUUUUUUUUCCCCCCAGUAUUUUGCUGUUCCCUAAUGGACCUGCCCUUUAUUUUUAUUCGUUCACCCUUCAAAACCAUUGGGCUAAAGGGUCGUACAUUUCAGAGUUUCCAGCCACUCCGCCACCGGCGUGCAACACAAACCGCAAUUUUCUUUUUUUUUUUUUAACCCAAGGAGUGCUUCUUUUUUUUUUUUUUUUCGCUAUUUUAUCUGUCCGGGGUAACAUUUAAUGACACACUUUGCAAAUGUUUUGACCUUUUUUUUUGUUUUUUUUUUUGUUUUGUGUCCCGCCCCCAACCCCUUCUCCCUGCCCCCUUUCCCAUGUUUUAGACUGAUAAACAUAAUCCAAAAAUUUUCUAACCAUGUGUGGUGGUCAGAGGCUUCUUUUUUUUUUUUUUGGGCAUGCAUGUAACAGAUUUUUUGGGAAGAAGAAAAGAAAAAGAAAAAAAAAAAUUAUAAAAGACAUUUAACAAAUUGUAAACAAACCGCUAUGAUUUUUUUUUUUUUUUUUUUGGAUCAGAGCUGCACUUAUCAUUGUCCCUUCUUCUGUUCUCUGUGCCUCCCGUCCUGCUCCCCCCCCCCCCCCCGAGCCCCCCUUCUUCUAAAAGCAAAGAAACUCGCUUAAUAUUGUGUAUGUUUAAAUGGCAGAAGACUCUGUUUAAGAUCCCACUUAGAAAGGAAACAAAAAAAAAAAAAUCCGGACGUCAAGAAAAAAAAAUACACAUAAACAAAAAAACCCACAAAAAUAAAAAAAAAAAAAAUCGUAAAGAAACCGUGUGGAAGCAAAAUUCACUCCCCAUUAUGGCUUGUGUCUGGACUCCCAUCUCAGUGUUACCCCCCCUCGGUACAACUCAUCGGCGGUCUGUUCCUAACGACCAGUUGCUCCUAAUUGAGCGAUCCGUUUGACACUUCACAUAAAAAAAAGAAAAACAAAAAAAGUUCUGUUUCUGCUCAUUUCUGGUAAGUGGUGGCGCCGGAUUGGCUGGUUUUCUGUUGCUGAACUUUGGGUCUUAUGUAACUGGUUGCCGCAGCUCAUUUAGAUUGCCCUGGAAAUAGGUUUAAUAUGGCUUCCCUGCGUAGCCAAUCACUGCUUAAAUGGGAAAUUCACCUUUUUUUAACGCAUGUUCAACAAUUCCCUAAUGACGGAGUAAAGUAUCUUGA